AAGUAAAGAAUAAUGAAGAAUCGUUUUUCUCUUCCUUUAUUUAUAAUUAUAUUAAUUAUUGUUGUUACUAUUAGAAUUCUCUCUUCUUAUUGAUUCAACUUUCAAAUAAUGCUCUAGCACCGUCUCUCUCUCUCUCUAUCCAGCCAUGUCAUCACCUAACUACGCUCAGUCCCACGCGCCACUCCUUCGCCCACGUCGCGUGUCUCGCACGCCCGUCCUCGCUCUCCUUCUCGGCCGCCGCGGACCUUCCGUUCUUGUCCGUGAAACCGCCGCGCGCGAGCUCGAAGAGAGGCGCGCCGACUGGGGAUACUCGAAGCCGGUGGUGGUGCUCGAUGUGACGUGGAACGCGGCCUUCGUGGUGGUCGCGGCGGUUAUGUUAGGUUGUAGUGUGGAGGAGAAUCCUAACACGCCGAUUCGGUUGUGGAUCUGCGGGUACGCGGCGCAGUGUUUGGUUCAUGUGGCGUUGGUGUGGUUGGAGUACAGGAGGAGGAACGGAGGUGGAGGAGGAAGGGACGAGGAAUCUCUUGAUGGAGAUGUCAAUGAUAGUGAGGAUGAUGAUGAUGUUGAAUUUCGGAAUUCUUCUCGUUCCGGAUUUGCAAAACGAUGUGCAUCGUUGAAUACCAUGCUUUCAUUGAUUUGGUGGAUGGUGGGCUUUUACUGGGUUGUCUAUGGUGGUGAUAUUCUAAUGCAAGAUGCUCCACGGUUGUACUGGUUGGCUGUUGUCUUUCUAGCAUUUGAUGUCUUCUUUGCCGUCUUUUGUGUUGCUUUGGCAUGCUUAAUUGGCAUUGCCCUCUGCUGCUGUUUACCCUGUAUUAUUGGUAUUCUCUAUGCAGUUGCUGGACAGGAGGGUGCAUCUGAAACAGAUCUUAGUAUACUUCCAAAAUAUAAGUUUCAUGCGGCAGGCAAUGAGGAAACACCUAGUCCGAGAGGUGGAUCAAUGGUUCCCAUUGAAAAUAGCAGUGGUGCAAAUGAACGAGUACUUUCACCGGAGGAUGCGGAAUGCUGCAUAUGCAUCUCUCCUUAUGAGGAUGAAGCAGAGCUUCACGCACUUCCUUGUAACCACCAUUUUCAUUCCACAUGCAUAGUGAAAUGGUUAAAGAUGAAUGCAACUUGUCCUCUUUGCAAGUUCAAUAUUCUAAAGGGAAAUGAACAGGUGUGACUGAAUAGUAAAGAAAAUCCCAGAUAUAAUAUCAAUCCAAUUUCAUUAUGUGACAGAAUGAGUGCUGCAAAUGCCGUUGUGUAUAUGUAGAUAAUAUGACACUAAGAAGCAAUAGUCUUUCUUCGAUUUGUGUGACCUAGCUGUCAAUGUUUGUAAGAAAGUGUAAAGCUAGGAAGGAAAGCUUGUUGUAGAGAUAUAGUGUUUAUUUUGAAAAAGUUACCGAUUUCAUGCCUCAGAAUUUGUUCACAUGGGACAAAAUAAUGGAAAUUGUAGCAUUCCAACAUUA